AUGCUGCUUCUGCGCUGCGCUCCUGUGGGAUCCUACGUACACAUUGGCGACUUCUGCUGCACCGGAAGCAAUUUGCAGCCGCUGUUGCAGCAAGUGCAGCAGGGGCUAAGGCUGCUGCAGCAGCUAGAAGAUCCCGAAGCAGCAGCAGCAGCUGCUGCAGUUGCUUCGGAUGAUUCCGUAUCGCGUGCUAGAGAGCAUUCAGGAAACGUAGGCUUUGCUGGGACCCCUGGGAGAGUCGCGUCACAGCAGGAAGAGCCCCAUGCAGACGUGCUGUACUUUGACAGCACUUACCUGCACCCCCGUUUCUCCUUUCUUUCUAAGGAAGACGCUGUGGCUGAAAUGUGCCAACGGAUGGAGGUCACUUUUGAGGGCGUCUUUCAGAAUCUUCGAACGCGACCUACGAAGGGCCUACUUCGGGGGCAUCGAAGCCGUAGUCUGCAUGUUGUUGUGGGCGUAGACAAUUUGGGGAAGGAAUCGCUUUUGCAGCAGCUCGGAAAGGCUCUUAGGGCCCCCAUAGGACUUUCUGAGGCCCAAUCUGACUCCGCUGCAGCUGUUGCUGCUGCUGCUGCUCAGGCUAAUGGUACCUGCGCAUAUAGCAUUGAGGACUUUACACGCGGUCUUUAUUGUCCAGUAAUUAGAGCAGUCAUGAGCUGGAUAUUUACUUCCACAUCCUGGGGAAGCAGUAGUGACAACAGUACUGCUGUCAGAGAAAUGCCUGCAUGCGGCUGCCCAUGGCCUAAUGAGUCACGGAGCGCAGCUCGGCCAGGUCAUCCACAGGAGCAGCCCUGGCAUGAAGCGAGCCAAGAAGAUGUGGAAAUGUUGGUUGGUUUGUCUGGUGAAGCUAGCCAGGCUGCCGUGCCUUUGUUUGCGGUGCCUCGGCGGCUGCUACUGAAAGUGAUUAGUGCCCUCGAGGCGUCCGCGCUAUCUGCAUUGGGGCUGCUUCCAUCCGGGGCAAGCUUAGAAAAGGGAAUUCACGAAGGGGAGCUUGCCGGCAGUAGCAGUAAUAACGACAGCAACAGCAGCAACAACAGCAGCAGCAAUAGUGUUGAUGGUUAUCAGAACUACAGAGGAGUUUCACAGAAAGUCGUCGCGAGGACAAGAAAGCUGCCAGAGAGGGGGAAUCCUAAUAGCAGUAUGCAGACCAACUCCGUGGGCACACCUAUCACACUGCUGUUAGAUAGGAUCGAGGCUGAAGAAAUGAUCCUAGCUGUAGGGGUUGAGGGCUCUGAGGCGUUGAACAACAAUAAUAGCAGCGCAGAACUAGCUGCCAUGGUUGGGUGCUACUCUCCGUCAGUUGUUGCCUCAGUACCUCGCGGCCCUGUAGCAAGAUCAAAGGCUCCAAGUGUCUGUGGAGCCUUUAAUUAUGAUGGAAGAGAGGGUUCGGCCGCCUUUGUUGAAGCUACAGAGCUACCCAUAGUGGUACUAGGCAGCGGUCGGCGACUUUUUUGCCCCCAUGGAUGCCCACGCAGGUGUCUACGAGGCUCCUGCACAUAUAUGUGCCGAAAACGCAACAGAAUCGUUGCUUGCUCAGCGGAAGAUUCACGGCGUAUGGAGGUAAAGGCCUAUGGCUCACCGAGCGUUCUACCUGACAGUAGGGAACCCGGCGUGCCACCGCAGGCCCGAAUAACUCCUGAACUAGUAACGGGGACUGGGAAUGAAACGUCAGUCCUGCCUUUUAGGAAAGUCAGUAGAGCUGUUAGACGUCUGCGCUUCGUAUCUAGAGCUUAA